GUUUCUCCUCAUCGAUCAGGUGCACUCAGCAACCUUUACUGGCUUCCGUCGCUUAGUCUUCUCUUGUGUUUCUUCCCAUUCCCGCCCUCGCUCAUACAUUCGUUUGAACACCUAGCUCCCAUAGGCCACUGCUAUUCACCCUCAUCUCCCUUAAUAGAACUAAUAGGCUGUUUGUGAAACGCGUCAGCUCCGAUUCAUCGUAAAAACCGCUACGAGCCUCCUUCUGCUAGCCACCAACAACCGCCCAACAUGUUGCCCAAAGCCUGGCUCUCUGUUUUUAUCCUGACCGUCGCAUCGUCGGCCUUUACCCUCGAGGAUCUACACAUGGACGGCAUCAACCAGUACCUACACCAGGGUAAGAGGCAGGACGCCGAAGGCACUGGCGGCUCAUCGCCAUCCGCCACGCCCGCGCCAUCGUCAGCAGCACCACCUGCUUCAUCCGCCGCACCACCUGCCACAUCGUCGGCCGCACCUCCAGCAACAUCCGCGACUCCCGAGCCAGAACCCUCAACCACCAACAGCCCACCGCCGUCGGACGAUCCCACAUCCGACGCUCCCGCACCUUCGACCACCGCCGCACCCACUAGUGAUGGCGGCAACAACAACAAUAACAACAACGACGCUUCAACAACCGCGGCGGGCACGAGUCGCACUGGUGGAGGUGGCGGCGCCGGUAACUCACCAAGUCCCACCCAAGAAGGCAGCUCUUCCGUAAGAACGACCCCGAUUGUCAGGACUUCCGCCCUCUUCUCCACCUCGGUGUUCGAGUAUACCACGACUGUCGACACAACCCUGAGCGAUGGCAGAGUAACCAAAGCGACCUCGACAGGCACCAGCACUUCCGUCUCCUCCACUGGUGAAGCCGUCAUCACCGACCCACCCACCGCACAAGCAGGCGACAGCGACAAUGGCGGCGGCAUCAGUGACUCCAACAAGAAGGUUAUCGGAGGUGUUGUCGGUGGUAUUGGCGGAGCCCUCCUUCUCGGCGGCAUUGCCCUUGUCUUCUGGCGCAUGAAGAAGCGCCAAGCACGUGUUCACGAAGACGACGACGACCUCAUGGCCGGCACCGGCUCAGCCCUCGGUGACAAGCCCCAGAAUGGUACUGGUUCAUCGCCUUUCCAGUCAAACUUGGAGCAGUACCACAACCCAGGAGGACGCCCCAACGCAGCUGCCAACUUCUAGGCGAAGCGCAGCCCACCCAAAGUACAUAGGCCUAUGAGGGUCCAUUACGAUACCAAUGACUAUCUGCGGAACUUGUCUGAGCUAGAAGCGAUUUUGAGAA